AUGACUAGCAACCUCUUCAAAAAACCCUUGACUACAGGAAACACGAAGCGCAAGUUCGAACCUAUCAAAGACCCAAGUACGCCCUUCCUAUCAUCCUCGAUUUCAUCCAUGACCCCGUCUAACAAAAUACCACUAGAUGAGCUAUACAAAUCUACAAAGAUCGAGUCCAAUGACGACGUAAGAUCUAAGGGGAAGAGCGCUAUAGUAACCGAAGAAUAUGAUGGGGAAGCUGGACCCGAGCUGCCUCCAGACUUUGGCGAAGAGGAUGUCCCCGAUGACGAAGAGGGCCGCUUCUUUGGCGGAGGAAUGGAGCAGAAAACCACACAAGCAAUGCAAUACAUCGAUCAACAGGAAGAUGAAGAGGAAGAAGUUGCGCCAGAGAAAUUUGACGCACCCUGGGUCCGUCGUUUCGCUUUAAAUUUUGAGCGAAAGAUAUCUAAAAACGCUGAGCUCCGUGCAAAGUUUGAAAAUGAUCCCCAAAAGUUCAUGGCAUCAGAAGCAGACUUGGACACUGAAAUCAAAGAACUGUCAAUCCUGUCGGAACAUCCAGAGCUUUUUGAAGAAUUUUCCAAGAUGGGCUGUGCGGGCUCUCUAGUCUCGCUAUUGGCACAUGAGAAUGUGGAUAUUGCAAUUGGCACCAUCCAAAUUAUCGGCGAACUUACGGAUGAGGACGUGCAAGCCGAGCAGGACCAGUGGGACAGCUUGGUCAAUGCGAUGAUGGAUGCCGACCUGAUUGAACUAUUGACCUCAAAUCUCUCCCGUCUUGACGAAUCCUCCGAGACUGACAGAGCCGGUGUUUACUAUAUUCUCAGCGUACUGGAGAACCUGUCCUCGCAGACUGCCCUUGUAGAGAAGAUCGGACAAGACCCUUCAAUUUCAGAAUGGAUAAUGUCCCGGAUUCAACGAAAAGAAAUACCCACCAGUCAGAAUAAACAGUAUGCAGCGGAAAUUCUGGCAAUACUUCUCCAAUCAUCCUCCAAGAACCGGGAGACGUUCAUUGGCAUCGAUGGAGUCGAAGUUAUUCUUCAAAUACUCAGUCAAUACCGAAAACGAGACCCUGCGAAUGACUCUGAUGAAGAAGAAUACGCGGAAAAUCUAUUCGAUGCUUUGACAUGCGUCGUUGAUGAACCAUCCGGAAAAGAAAAAUUCAUAGAGUCAGAAGGAAUUGAACUGGCUUUGAUCAUGCUACGAGAAACUAAAUUCAGCAAGCCGAGAGCCCUCAGAGUACUUGAUCAUGCCCUUGGUGGAACGACCGGUGCUCCCGCAUGUGAGCACUUAAUUGAAGCAGCUGGAUUAAAAACCAUAUUCAGCAUGUUCAUGAAAAAGCAAGAGGGACAAAACAUUGAACACAUACUGGGAAUCUUUGCUUCUCUUCUUCGGCUUUUGCCUGGAGGCUCAACUUCACGCAUACGGGCACUAGCAAAGUUCACUGAAAAGAAGUACGAAAAGAUAGAAAAAUUCAUCAAGCUGCGACGGGAGUAUGCUGCCCGUGUAUCACCUGUUGAAUUGGCAAUCAAGAAAGAGCGUGCUAGCUAUUCACCGGAGGACCAAGAAAUUAUGGCCGACGAAUGGCUAUCUCGUCGACUGGACGCCGGACUCUUUUCGUUACAGACAAUCGAUGUUAUUCUGGCUUGGUUGGUUGCCGAAGAUGAUGGCGCAAAAAAGCAAGUGAUGUCCAGCCUGGCUGACCGUGAUGAAGACCUGUCUCUGGUCCGGGCCACCUUACAAGAGCAACUAGAAACUUUAGGGGACGAGGACCAAGGUGAGAAGGAUCUCAAGGAGAUGCUGAGUACUUUGCUUCAAUUUGUUUGA